GCUGAAACAGAUCUUCUGUUAAACAGGUGUCGGGAAUCAUUCGCUCCAAAGACAAGCAUCCCGGACCAACACUUUCUUUUUUAAUUUAAACUUUGGUGUUUUUCAGUGUUCAAUAUAGUGGAAACAUUGUUUCCAACCCCUUGCACAAAUGCAGAUGAUGCACUCAGCACAGAAAGACACAACCUACACGAAGAUCUUUGUUGGGGGUCUUCCAUAUCACACCACGGACUCCAGUCUCAGGAAGUAUUUUGAGGUGUUCGGUGACAUCGAUGAGGCUGUUGUUAUCACAGACAGACAGACGGGAAAAUCAAGAGGUUAUGGAUUCGUGACGAUGGCAGACCGGGCGUCCGCAGACAGAGCUUGUAAGGACCCCAACCCCAUCAUCGAUGGGAGGAAGGCCAACGUGAACCUGGCCUACCUGGGAGCCAAGCCCAGGGUCAUGCAGCCAGGUGAGGGCCUGGACGCCCUGGCUGAGGGCUGCGCCACAGGUUUUUUUCACAACUUGGACGACCAAGGGUUCUCAUUCGGAGUGCCUCAGAUCCACCCGGCGUUCAUCCAAAGGCCUUAUGGGAUUCCAGCUCACUACGUCUACCCCCAGGCCUUCGUUCAGCCCAGCAUGGUCAUUCCUCACGUCCAGCCCACUGCAGCGGCGGCUACUGCCGCUGCCUCCUCCCCAUACCUGGACUACACCGGCGCGGCCUAUGCCCAGUACUCUGCUGCUGCUACUGCUGCAGCUGCAGCUGCCGCCUACGAGCAGUACCCUUAUGCUGCCUCCCCAGCUCCAGCUGGCUACAUGACCACAGCCGGGUAUGGCUACGCUGUGCAGCAGCCACUGGCAGCCGCUGCCACCCCAGGAGCAGCAGCGGCGGCUGCAGCCUUUGGCCAGUACCAGACCCAGCAGCUCCAGACAGACCGCAUGCAGUAAGCACUGUGGAGGCAGGUUUACCGUCAAGGGUGGGUCAUGCAGUACACACCCCCGGGACAUGACGAGGGAGAGGUUAGUGUUAGCAGAGGGACAGCUGAGAGGAGAGGGUGAGGAUGAUGAGGAUGAUGAUGGUGGAGAGGUUGUUGUUGGCAGCACUGUCAUCUCUUCUGCCCCAAGAACUUGAAGAGGAUCACCAGGAAAGGAAACAGCAGAAACGUUACCUUAUUAUUCAAUUAUCAGUAUUGUCUUGUCAUUCUAGUAUGAAUAUUUAAUAUUUAUUCAGAAGUAAGAAAAAACAUAUUAAUCCUUAUUUAAGUAGCAGACUCCCCGAAAACCACUGAUGCAUUUUGUACGUAAAAUGAUAUUGAAAUGGUUAACGUUUAUUGCAAUGUAUAGUUUUAUAUGUCCUUCACAAGUGCACUCAAGUCUGACAAUCAGGUUGUUUUUAAAAACAUGUCUAAAUAUAGCUAAACAAACCAAAUAAAGACCUUAUUGCAAACAAGGAAUACAACUGUAGACCCAUGGUACAAAUAACUAAUCUCAUGUUUCCAUAUCCAUACUUAAUGAUCAAUGUUAAACUAUGCAACGCUAACUUCAGUAAAUAUCAAAGGGGCUUUGGUAUGAUAAUACGUAUACUUAUUUGCUGGUGAUCGUAUUGUUUGCAGCCUCCAAAGAACACAUAGCAGAUAGCCACAUGAACAGAGAUAUAUUUCAGUUCGUUGCCCAGUGUCUCUUCUCUUUUGAUCAGUUCAGACAUCGGAAUGGGAGUACACUGGACUUGAAAUCCAGCUCAAUGUUUUGUGAAUUUCUUUUUCAGACUGAAAAUAAUGUUCUUCAGAGAAUGUUUUCCCACUGUGCCUUUAAAUGUUGGUACUAUUGUAUUUAUUAAGGAACUUUCCAUUUUGUGCGGACUCUUUAGCAAUUUGGAGUCAUCAGGAUUAUGGAUGGGUACUUUUUGUUCCUCUUUAUGUACUGUACCAUACAGCUGUUGAAGGAUCAGGUGUGCUAUUCUAAUUUCAUAACUGGAAUUUACUGUAUAAUUAUAUAUUUGGAAAAACAAAAACCUGCAACAAAAGGCAGUGGAUUUAUACCUUUUCUAUCAAACUAUUUUCCCCCAUACUUUUGUAAAAUUUUAAAUUGUAUUCCUUUGGGUAAAAGAACAAAGCU